CGCGAACGUAGCAAACGUCUACGCCGCUACGGUGUGCUACGAUUCAUUUCGUUGAAGUGUGUGUGAAUAGUUUAUGUAAUUUGUGUAAACUUAAGUUAUCGAACUUGAACGUAUGAUGCACAAGGACUAAUUGAACGAAAGCGCAGAAUGCUCUGUUUAAUGCUUGCAUAAUACAGUCAAAAUGCUGCACAGAAGUUCAUCCUCCCGACGCAGGCGUGCUUCGAGAAGCGCGGCAACGUCACCACAAACAAGAUCACCUCGACCAUCUGCACAAACUUCAAGACGAGCAUCUUUAGCUACUACAGAAACUGACGAUGAACUCGAACCUCCACCACCACAAAGGAGUCCCAGAGCAAGUCUCGCUCCUGAUGCAGCGUUAGAGGGUUAUCAUCGCAGCCCGCGUCAUUCCCUCGUUCCAGAGACAAGAUCAGCCAGAAACUCAAUAACACCAGAAACUGCUUUAAUCAGAAAUAGUCUUGCACCAAGCAGAAAUAACUUAGGCGUUGAACAGGCGUAUGGUUCACGUUUAAGCCUUAAUCCACAAGAUUUUAAUCGAUCGCCGCGUAAUAGUAUUACUCCAGAUGCAACCGCCAGAACGCCUCGACGAAGUUUAGUCCCAGAAGGCACGUCGUGGAAUCAACCGCGGAAUUCCUUGGUACCAGAUGUGGGGCGAAGUCCUAGACAUUCCGUAGCGAGUAUACAAAUAGAUCCAGCUCGUAAUCAGAAAGAAUUGGGGCCAAGUCCUAGGACCAGUCCGCGAGGGAGCAUAGCCCCUGAUGCUUUGAGGAAAGAUUUUUCUGAAUUGAACAGAACCCCGCGUGGUUCGUUAAUACCUGAUUGCCAAAGGAGCCCUAGAGGAAGUAUCGCGCCAUCAGAACGUAGUGCAAGGGGUAGUUUGGUGGCUGGUGAUAUAGAAGCUGCGAGGGUCAGCCCGCGGGGAAGUUUGACGUUAACUUUUCAAGAACCUUUGGUUUCUAGAGAGAGGCGGGCAAGUGAAGAUAGUCAGACAGCAAAUACUCGAGGACGAAGCGUGUCACCAUACAGAGCAUCAGUCGGAGGAAGACAGGCUCUAUCCGAUACUGGAUCGAGAAGAGCUUCCAGCUCUGUUAGUCAAGUAUCAGGGGAUGAACAGCGCCGUCUGUGCGGCGAGCACGCCAAGUACAGCGAGCGCACGGGGCUGGGGCUCGGGGUGGGACUCACUACGUACGGCUCUGUUGCUUAUCAGCUGAAGGACGCGAACAUGGAAGCUUCUGGAACCGUGGACUUUGUGUGCAGAGCUGCUAAGAUUAUGAAUAGGACUAUUGUAAUGACGGUGUUCCUGGCUUGUCUAUCCACGCUACCUGUUAUUAUGUUGAUUAUGGGAGUGCAAUACAUCCGCGACUGCCCCGCCGAGCCCCGGCUGCCAGUGUACAUGGUGGUGGGGGGCGCGGCGGGCGGCGCGGGGCUGAGCUGGCUGCUGUGGGCACAGCUCGCCGGCCGCAGCAGCACCGCGCCCGCCAGCGUGCCCGAGCGGGUCGUGGCUUAUACGCUCACCGUGUUUCUGAUGGGCUGGUUUGCAUUCGGCAACUACUGGACGCUCGGCAUCAUGUGGCCGGACUACGCGCCCACGCUGUUCGAGCCCAACCAGUGGUGCCACCGCACGCUGUACGUGUUCGCGCUCACGCAGCUCGCCGUGCUGUGGGCCGUGCUGGCGCUGCUCGUGCUGCUGCUGCUGGCGCUCGUCGUGUGCCAGGUAUUCGGUUGCGGGUGGUUGGGCCCGGGCCGCUACAAGUAG